GAGAAGUAGGGUCCGCUGGUGAGAACGCUGUAAUGGAGUUUACAUCCUUCUUGCCUUGCAAUAUGGUUGCUCGAAGAUAAACAACGUUACCCAGACCAACUGGUGCAUAUGUCAAUGUGGCAAUGGCAGCUGAUCAGUGUGGCACGUCUUUGGCCAAGUGGCUUAAUGUAUGCAUAUGAAGCAUGCAGUUGCGGUUACAAUGAUCCAGAUAUGAUUCAUGGCAACUCCUGUGGAACAGGGACCUUCUGAGGAUAAAGUUCCUGCCAGAAAACAUUUCCCCCAAUACCAUGAGUGAAGCUGAAGCACCCAAAAUGGCUAUCAUCAAGACUGAAGUACAAGGUGUUUCUCGGGCAGUGUAUGCCAGUGACACUAUCUGGAAAGGCACUGCUGAAGGAGAUGACUGCCAUGCUGUGGUAACAGCUAAAAGAAAGGCUACUAGACUCAAAAAUAAUAAGAAGGGAAAACCUGACAGAAGAAAAAAAGACAGGGCACCUGUGAUAUUUGCAGAAAAUACCCCUGUCUGCUUGAAAGGAGAAUGGGUAUCAAAUGAGAAUAACCAUGUAAGGAUAAAAGAAGAAAAUGAAUUGUUAGAGGAUACUGUAAAAUGUUGUAAAAGUGGUGGAGUACCCUUAAGAUAUCCUACUGAAGAUGACAGCAUGCCCUUGAGUAAUCACAGUGUAGAUGGGAGGGUACCCAUAAUAGACCCUUAUGCAGAUGGGAGGGUACCCAUAAGUGAUCCUAGUGCAGAUGGGAGGGUACCCAUAAGAGAUCUUUGUGCAGAUGGGAGGGUACCCAUAAGUGAUCCUAGUGUAGAUGGGAGGGUACCCAUAAGAGAUCCUUGUGCAGAUGGGAGGGUACCCAUAAGAGAUCUUUGUGCAGAUGGGAGGGUACCCAUAAGUGAUCCUAGUGCAGAUGGGAGGGUACCCAUAAGAGAUCUUUGUGCAGAUGGGAGGGUACCCAUAAGAGAUCCUUGUGCAGAUGGUAGGGUACCCAUAAGAGAUCCUUGUGCAGAUGGGAGGGUACCCAUAAGAGAUCCUUGUGCAGAUGGGAGGGUACCCAUAAGUGAUCCUAGUGCAGAUGGGAGGGUACCCAUAAGUGAUCCUAGUGUAGAUGGGAGGGUACCCAUAAGUGAUCCUAGUGUAGAUGGGAGGGUACCCAUAAGUGAUCCUAGUGCAGAUGGUAGGGUACUUUUAAGAGAUCCUAGUGCAGAUGGGAGGGUACUUUUAAGAGAUCCUAGUGCAGAUGGUAGGGUACUUUUAAGAGAUCCUAGUGCAGAUGGGAGGGUACCCAUAAGUGAUCCUUAUGCAGAUGGGAGGGUACCCUUAAGAGAUCCUAGUGCAGAUGAAAUGGUAGAUUCCAAAGAUUCUCAUGGAGAAAAAGAUCAACAUCAACUACGUUCCAGUCAAGGAUCAGAGACUGAUGAAUUGGUUGGACAAUCUUUUGUGUGUGACCUGUGUGACUUGAUCUGUCUUGGUGAAGCCGAUCUGGAAACACAUAUGACUACCCACUCAGUGACAGAGUCCUUUCAUUGUGGCAUGUGUGGCAAGGAGUUCUCCAAGAAGACCUCACUCAAAUACCACAUGCGGACACAUGCAGGAGGGUUCCCAUACACAUGCGACAUCUGUAGCAAGAAGUUCCAGGAGCCCCAUCAUCUCCGUCUCCACAUGAAGAUCCACCGACAUGCCCAUGAGGCAAGCCAUUGCCCUGUGUGUGAUGGAGAUGGAGACGAUGUCCCUGAUGGCAUCAUUCACACAUGUGACCGAGAACACCAUUGUAAACAAUGUGGUAAACGGUUUGAGACGUAUUACAGUCUGCGACAACAUAUGCGAUUACACACCGGACAGAAACCGCACAUGUGUGACAUCUGCAGCAUGAACUUUGCCCAUAAAAGCUCUCUUGAUCGUCACAUUAUGAGGAAACAUAUUGGAGAGAAAUCGUUCAAGUGUGGAGAGUGUGACAUGAAUUUCACAACCUCAUGUAAUCUCCACAUCCACAUGAAGACUCAUUCUGGUGAGCGGCCAUAUCAUUGUAACCUUUGUGAUAAAAAGUUUGCUCAGGCAUUUAGUUUAAAAAUUCAUAAAAACAGUCAUCAAGGGGUGAAGCCGUAUAAAUGUGAGAUGUGUGAACAAGGCUUUGCUCUAGCCAGUAGCCUUAAGCGCCACAAGUUUCUCCACACAGGUGAGCGUCCAUACCAGUGUGACCAGUGCGAUCGUGGAUUUACACAACCCUACCGAUUGCAUCUGCACCGAAUGACCCACAUGACCAACAGGCCAUACAAGUGCAGUGAGUGCACCAAGACAUUCCCUCUAUCCAAUGACCUCGAGGUCCACAAGCGGCAACAUGUGCGAGUCAAUGCCAUGAAAGGAAACUACCUCUGUUCAGACUGUGGGAAAAUUUUCAAUAAUGGUUUUCAUUUGAAGAGGCAUUUGAAUUCAGUUCAUGGCAAAGAUUGACCUUUUCUUUUUUUUCAGUGUGUAUGAUGUGUGAAUUUAAGAAUGAAAUAGGACAUCAAUAUCCCAUUCGUGUUGUCAGAAUCGUCUAAUGAGGAUUGGAUGGUUACAAUGUGUUACCUUCAGACUGUGAGUCAUUUUACAGCAAUGGUGUGUAUCACUGUUCAUGCUAUUAACAGUGUAUGUCCGUCUGAUCAUGAGUGUGUGCAUGUGUGGAAACGAGAGAAAUAGUUGGAAAUGUGUAUGUGAAAUAGUUGGAAUAUUGUUACUGUAUUGUUAAACGAUCUUCUUUUGAGCAUGUUGAGAGUCCAACAUGUUAGACACGCCCAGGUAGCUGUAAUAGAAGAAAGUGUUCUCGUGUCCAUUGAGCCAAUUGUGCUUUUGAGCCAUUGAGUAUUUACUCAGUUGUCAUUUGAUGUUGAUAGUCUUUUGGGGUACCCGGUAUUCUGUGUCUUUUGCUCCCUUGGGACCAGACUAUUGGUAAUUUCAAACCAAAGUAGGAAAGGCUACAUUGUGUAACUAUGCACAGUGUUAUAGUAUUUAUUUUUUUUCAACAUGUAUAUUUGUGUGUACACAAUUCAAAAUUUAUGUAUUGUCUUCACACAUUAGGCAAAUUACUAAGGAGAGAAACUGGAUAAUAUGAAUGUAUAAUUUUCAUCUGUAAUAAUUUUUAUUCAAUAAUCAUUGAAACGUCUUGGCACCAUGAAAGUGUUGUUUUAGCAGUGUUCAGCUAUACCACACCCCAGGCUGGAUGGGGAUGCUGGAUGCUGCUUUCUGGUGGAGCUUUAUUAGCAUCAUUAAUCAUGAUUAAUCUUGCAACUAAGCAACCUAUUCCUAACACUACUUUUGAUUGCUUCUUACACAUCACAAGUUAAGUCACCAUGGUCAGAUGGUCAAAAAGUUAUGAAAAAGUUUUUUCUUUAGGCGGGACUGACUAUGGUUGUGUAAUUACAGUCUGUCUACACUGCAGUACUACUUAACGACUGAGACAACGUGUUAAAAGGGACAAGACUUUAUUCUAGGUAAUGUAUCGACAUGUAAAUAUCUUUUUGUUAACAAAAUAUAUUUAAGUGAUAAUCAAUGAUAAUAAUAAAGCCUUAAUUAUAUUUUUAUUCCUGGAUCUGCUACUGCUCAGUGCCCGUGUAAGCUAGUAUUUUUUGUAGUGGAGUUAAAGACAAUAUUCUCUAAAUAUUCUUCUUAUUAUUAUUGGUAUAUAUUAUAUACAGGAAAAUAAAAAUUCAGGAAAGAUCGGAAAAUAAUUUUGUAUUUUCACCACAGAGUAAAGUGUAUAUUUCAAUGCAGUGAAAUAUAAAUGUGAUAUUCUUUAAUUAAUUUUAAAAGAUACUUUUACUGCAGUGAAAUAUGAAAAUGACAUUUUCAUUGCAGUGGAAACUGUGCAUGAUACAUGUUUACUGAAGUCUUUACCAUGUCAACUCAAACUUUGAUAAACUUGGGAUAACAUUCAACAUUAUGUUUUCAUGAGGCCUUAUAUUGCUAGCUGCGCAAUCACAAAAAAUGAAACAAACAUAUUUGAAUUGUCUGAAUGAACUGUGUAUUGAAUGUACAAACACCAGAGUAUGUUUUUUGUUAUUGACAUCCUGUUGAUAUCCAUGGCUUGUCUCCUCGAUGCUCACCUGUUUUACUUGGUAGUUAUUGUGUUAAUUUGAAAAGUAAUAAAGAGAUGAUGAUGAUGAUUAUUAUUAUUAUUAUUAUUAUUAUUAUUAUUAUUAUUAUUAUACAGCUGUGCAAUAUUAUCAGUCUCCUGUAAAUCUGACAAUUCUAUGGCAUGUCAAAUGGGGCUGCAUGCAUAUGAUACCUAGACAAGAAUGUUUAAUAAUGCAAAACUAUUAUUGUUUGUUCAUGUCAUCCAGUUUCAAACAUGAUUGUGCUGUUCCCAAUCACACCCCCAUCUAGUUCCCUACAACCAACAGUGUUACCAACACACACACACACACACACACACACACACACACACACACACACACACACACACACACACACACACACACACACACACACACCUCCCAUCACCACACACACACACAUCUACCAAGGUAAGAGAAUUGGACAAAGAAAAACAGAUCCCACACCUAUAUAUAUAGAUAACCAAUAGCAAUUAUACACAGGCACUUUGUCUCUACUAAAUAAAAUGGUCUUGGUGAGGUUUGUUUAUGUAUGAUUGAUUAUUGUAUUCAGUGAGUUAAUUCUACACAGAAUCAUUGUACACAUCAGUAUUGGUGUGUUUAAUAAAUGGUGGACUCAUUUUAUCA